AUGGAUCGCGCAGUUCCCAUCACACUCGACUACACCUUACGCGACCUAUACUCGGACAACGAUGAAGAUGACCUAAAAACGACCCUUAUCUACUAUCCUUUGCAAUUCGGGUAUAUGCAUGAGAGCCCAUCAGCCAAAUAUGUCUAUGGGUAUACGCUUCAAAGCGACGAUGAGAAAGCGGCGUCCUCGUUUGCCAUGGCAGCCAACAUGGUACCCCAGCGCUACGCCUUCUCGGCAGGCCAGAUGCCACUUAUUAUCCUAGACUUUCAUUCAAGCAACAAGCGGAAAGAAGCAAACCGUAAAGCUUGUCAAAUCAUUGACGAGCUACCAGCGUAUCAGCUUGAUAUUCGUCGGACCUUCUCCCAGUUAAUCCCCAACCAGCAGCCGACGUUGACUUUUGCCAAUAGCCCAGAAAGCAUAUCUUUAGCCUCUGGGGCGCGGAUUGCCGUUUUACUCCCUACAGACUGUCUGUCCCAUCUGCCCCACGUCGUUCACCCAGAGACCCAUUAUGAGAUCCUAUCGAAACGCGGGCUUGCUCUGUCUGGGUUGCCGACACCACCGUCCCAGGUGAUUGACACAGGUCUUAUCGACUCAGACAACCCGGUUCUUUUAAAAGAAGAAGUUGCGCGGAUGGUAGAGUCAAUUGACCAACGUCAAGUGCCCUUUGUUGUCAAGCUUCCGCAGUCCAUAUCCGGCAUGGGUACAUUUAUGAUCACCACGGAAGUCGAAAGGGGCCGAGUGAAGACUCUCCUCACGGAGCAGUUCGGGAUGAUGUUACGGCAGCUCAAUAGAUCCAAUCAUCACCUGUAUCCAUGCUCCAUGGUCCUUCAAGAUUUUGUUACAGGACCAGUAGUGGCCUUGUCGCUUUUUAUUACAAAAACGGGGCAGCCACGGUUCAUUGCUUGUUGCAAGCAACGCUUCGAUGAGCAGGGUCAUUGGAUUGGCGGCUUAAUCUCGUACCGCCAGCAGGCAAAACUUCGUGAAACCUUUGCAGUCAUUAUGCAGAUGGUGGCAGAUUUCCUGCAUAGCAAAGGCUACCAUGGGCCGGCUGGUGUGGAUAUCGUUACUGAUGAUCGCUCGGGGGAGCAGUUGAUUAUCGAUCUCAACGUCCGGGUCACCGGUACGUUUCAUCUAGGGCCUCUCACGGGACACUUUACUAAGCGUGGGCUGUUUGAAGCUGGCAUGACUACAGUUGACUUUCCAUGUUCCCGAGAAAAAUUUGAGCAGAUGUUUGCAGACGAGAUUCGCAAUGGUAGUCUGAUCGUGAGUGGCUGGGUCCAUGGCGAGUCAAGUCAGCUCAACCACGCUGCAAUCACUAUCGGGGCCAGAGAGCCUGAUGAAUUAGAAGAAUAUUUCAGACGCAUCAAAGCAGCUACUUUGCACUCGUAG